GGAGGGGCGGGGGCUGUGGAGCGACGGCGGCGAGCAGGCAGGCGCGGAGCUGCCCUUCCAUAGGAGCCGCCAUUAACGCUGGGACCCGCUGACAGGGUCUCGGCGGCGGCGGCCGGCGCGGGGAGCGGAGGCGGCCGGGGUGGGUCCCCCGUUUGAUGGAUCCCCGGAUCGCCUGGUUCCAGCCAGAGCAGCUCGGCCCCUCGAACCGCCUGUGGAUGCAGAUCUGGGAGACCACGCAGGGGGUCCGCAACCUCUACUUCCAGCAGCAGCAGCAGGAGCAGCAGCAGCAGCAGGAGCAGCAGCAGCAGAGCGCCCCCGCCGGGGCCGGCCCGGCCUCCCCGCCCGGCAUGUACCGCGCCCCCCGCGCCGACCCCCAGCCCGACUUCCUGCCGCUCGAGAGCGCCAACAACCAGCACAACCGCGGACACCGACAGGCCUCGCCACCCCCGGGGGCCGCCGCCUGGGCCCGGCCCGCUCGGGGGGUGCCGCCCGCAGCCGCCGCCGCCGCCGCCGCGGCCGCCAGCAACAAGAGGAAGCGCGACAACAAGGCCAGCACCUUCGGGCUCAACUACAGCCUCCUGCUGGGGCCGCCCGGGCAGGGCCGGGCCCCCGCCCUGGGCGACGGGCCGGCCGCCAGGGCCCAGUCUGGCCUGGCCGAGUCGCACUACACCGGCACCCCAUGGAAGAAGAGGAACUACAGCCAGGGAGUCGUGGGUCUUCAUGAAGAAAUCAUUGACUUUUACAAGUAUAUGUCUCCCAGACAUGAAGAAGAGAGAAUGCGGAUGGAAGUGGUGAACAGGAUAGAAAACGUUAUAAAGGAACUCUGGCCUAAUGCAGAUGUGCAGAUAUUUGGAAGUUUUAAAACUGGUUUAUAUUUACCUACAAGCGAUAUUGACUUAGUUGUGUUUGGAAAAUGGGAGACGUUACCUCUUUGGACCUUGGAAGAAGCUCUUAGAAAGCACAAUGUAGCAGAUGAAAACUCAGUAAAAGUUUUAGAUAAAGCAACUGUACCUAUUAUUAAACUGACAGAUUCCUUCACGGAAGUAAAAGUUGAUAUCAGUUUUAAUGUACAGAAUGGGGUUAAAGCAGCACAGCUCAUCAAAGAUUUUAUCAAGAAAUAUCCUGUAUUACCAUAUCUAGUUUUAGUAUUGAAACAGUUCCUGUUGCAGAGGGACCUUAAUGAAGUAUUCACAGGUGGAAUCGGUUCUUAUAGUCUUUUUUUAAUGGCUGUCAGUUUCCUUCAGCUGCAUCCCAGGGAAGAUGCCUGCACACCCAAUGCCAACUAUGGUGUUCUUUUAAUAGAGUUUUUUGAAUUAUAUGGACGCCACUUCAAUUAUCUGAAGACUGGAAUCCGAAUAAAGGAUGGUGGCUCUUACGUUGCCAAAGACGAAGUGCAAAAAAGCAUGCUAGAUGGCUAUAGACCAUCAAUGCUAUAUAUUGAAGAUCCAUUACAGCCAGGUAAUGAUGUUGGCAGAAGUUCUUACGGUGCCAUGCAAGUGAAACAGGCUUUUGAUUAUGCCUAUGUUGUUUUGAGCCAUGCAGUUUCCCCAAUAGCUAAAUAUUAUCCCAACAACGAAACGGAAAGUAUAUUAGGUAGAAUAAUUAGAGUAACACAAGAAGUAGCCACCUACAGAGACUGGAUAUCAAAGCAGUGGGGAAUGCAAAGUAGGACUGAGUCUUCAUGUAAUGGUAAUGGAGUAACCUUGAUAGUAGAUAAUCAGCAACUAGACAAAUGCAACAAUAAUCUCGCUGAAGAGAAUGAAGCACUGGGAAAACCUAGAAAUAAAACUUCAGAAACACUUAGUAAACAUUCUUCAAAUUCUUCAUCAGGUCCCUUAUCAUCAUCAUCAUCUACACUGUCCAGCUCUAGUGAUGUAGAUUCUGAUGGAACACCUUGCAAAACCUCUAAACAGUUGAGUUGUCGCCAGCCUACGACAAACAGAGUGGGGUCACAAGAAGUAUCACUGGAAUCCUCCCAGUCAAGUGGGAAAACACAAAACAGCCAAGCAGGCAAUACAUCCAGCAACACGAACAAAUCUCAGCAUGGAUCUGCACGGUUAUUUCGCUCUUCUAACAAAGGCUUCCAAGGUCCAGCAAACUCAAGCCACGGUACCUCAGUCACAAACAAACAACAUCAAGGCAGCAAAUCACACCAUCAGUAUUACCAUGGCAAAAAGAGGAAACACAAGAGGGAUGCAGGCCUUUCAGACCUUUGUAGAUAGUUGCCUAUUUUAUGACUGUUCUUCUGUGUGCAAUGAUCUCAUGCUACAGGAUAGUUUGAUAGUGACUCCUUGGAUCUCUUCCGGAGCUUCAGACUGUUCGGACAUUGAUUAGCAACUGCAUUUUUUUUUUCCCAGCUCGCCACGGAACGGAUCAUGAAGAUUGAUCACUGCAAAAUAAAAAAGAAAAAUAAAAAAAAUAAAAAAAAGAAAAACAGAAAAAAAAAGGAAAAAAAAAUUUAAAAUCCAAAAAAUAUAAAAAGGAAAAAAAAAAAAAAAAAAGGAAAAAGGCUGCUCAUUUGAUAAGUCAUACGCUACAACAGGGUCAUUUAGGAUAUAAAAGCUUGAAUGUAAGAUAAAUGUAUUUCCCAUGAGCUCAUGCUGACCUGUAGGGGUAGUACUCAGUGUGUCUAGGGGGUGGUUAACAAAACACAAAAAAUAGGAAAAAAAUAAAAAAGGCAAAAAAUUGUAUUUUGAGGGAAACCCAGCCUUUAAACGUGAAAGUAAUUUGUGCAUGAUUUUUUUUUUUAUUAUUAUUUUUGCAUAUACUUACCAUUUUAUUGUGUAUAUAUAGAUGACCAUAUAGGAAAACUGACAUUUGUAAUAGUGGAUUUGUUAAUACUUUUUACAUAACAUUACUGUUUAAAUUGUAAACAUAAAUUUUUCUCAGGAUUAGUUUGGAAAAUGAUCUGAAUUGUCAUCUUAACACCCAUAUAAAGAGACAUUACUAGUUACAUUGCUCAGAAUUUCUUUUCUUGGCAUUAAGAUUUAAUAGAACAUUUGAUCUGCAAAAGCUGUUCCUCUGGAAGAAAGUUCUAUGGUGACAAAUGAAACGUUUCAUUUGUAUAAAGUGUAGCUGUACUUUGUGUAGACACUGAGCUUGUCAUCUUGGAGAAGUAACCUCUUCACCUUGUUUUCUAGAGUGCCAUCAUUUCAGGGCAGUGGGGUUUUAUAGUUGCACCCUUCUCCUCCUCCCCUUAGUGGUCCUCCCUCCCUCUUUUAUUUUUUCUUUUUCCUUUUUUUUUGAUGUAGGCCACUUUGGGGAGGGCUGGUUGGUUGCUGUUGGUGAUUCUUUUUGUUUGUUUUUUUUUUCUUUUUCUUUUUUUUUUUAAUCUUUUUUUUUUUCUUUUUUUUUUUCCCCACCCCUUUAUUUUAAAAAAACAAAACCAAACAAACCCAAAACAAGUCAGUUUGCUACAGGCCAUGUGCAUUCCUGGGCUGCUUUGAUCCCACGCCUCUUUGUUUGUGCCUUCCCUCCCCAUUCUAGGUCUGGUUUUUUGUCUUUUAUAUUUUUGCUAACUCCUGUAGGAGAUGAUAACUGUUGAAGCUUUAAGUAAAUUUUACAAUUAAAGUAUUUUUUCUCACUCCCCUCUAAGGCAUUUUUGUAUUUACACUUAAUUAUUAUUAAAAAGAAAAAAAAAGAAAAAAGAAAAAAAAAUCGAAUGAUGAAAUAUAUUUUGUAUUGCCUUAAAAACCCAAACCUUUCAUAUCUCAUAGUAUUUCUUCAUUGAUCUAAUUACCACUAAAUUUAAACUCCGCAUUUGUCUGGUUGGGUCACGCUGUAAACCUGGCAGCUCGACGCCGUGAGUGCAACUCAGAUGUGUAACUGCAGGUAUCGUUUGGAAAGGGGGCUGGGACACUUCAGUGGUAAAAGGUUGAGUGGCAUUUACUUUCACGUGUUUCUUUUAAGGGGAAGGUCUGUACCCAGCAUACCUGGCUGUAUUUAAUGCAGCUGUUCUGGAGAUGUUGCUUUUAUAAAAAGUACAGUUAGCUUUUCUUUUUUAUUAAUUCAUAUACAUUUGUGGAAUUCUACAGACCAACCUGACCUUCGAUGGGCACUAAUGAGUGCAAUGAUUCUUAAAGUAAAGAAAAAAAAAAUGCACAAAUAAGACCAGAACUGAUGUCAUCACUUAAUAAACAUUUUUGAUGCGUUAAAGUGUUUUACUUCAAAAAGGAAAGAAUAUAUAUAUAUGUAUUCUGAACGUAUGGAAAGCCGUAACAGUUACUCAAACACUAAGCUUAAGUGAUGUUAAUUUGACAAUAUUUAACAAGGAGAUUAGAUUCAUAUUUUAAUUUGAUCAGAUAAUUUUAUCCACAGGAUGUUGAGCUUUUAUUCAUAGAAACUAGUAAAAGUUAUACCACAUUAUGCAUAAUCACAGUAUUUAUUUUGUUUCAGAUUAUUGUGAAUGUGUAGACUUAUGUUCACCGCUUAGGGAACAAUUAUUUAUAAAUUAUAUUAAUCCAGUAUUGUUAGCUGCUAUUAGCAAAACUGUUCCAAAACUUAAGUAACUGCAAAGAUCUGUAUCGCAUUUACCACACUGAAGUGUUUUUCAAAUGAAUCACCCUCAUUGUUGAAAGCAAAUGUACUCUUAGGGUGCAGAUGUUAGUGUUCCAAUAAGCAUGUGAUAAUUUUAAGGUGGUGGUAGCGGGAAGAUAAUCUUGAUUCCAUUGGGAAUCUUAGGUUUGCCUCAAUUUAUGGUUUUCAUAAAUUUAAUGGAAAAUAGCUUUUCCUGGACUGCUCAAGUUUCUUUUUGGUAAACAGUAUCUUUCUAAAAGAAAAAAAAGAAAAAAGAAAAAAAAAGAAAAAAAAAAAAAAAAAGCAUGAAGGAAGAAUUGAGGUAUUUUACAUUGCCUCAAAUGACCAGCAUUGUAUUCAUAAAAUACUGUAUAUCUUGCAAAUCUUUAUUUAAACAGAACAGUUGAACUGUUCAUUUUUCAAUCUGAAGUAAAAUACUUUCAAGACCUUUUAGUUUGCCUGCUCAUUUGUCUUGUACAUUUCAUCUCUGUAUUUGACUCAAGUCUAAUUCCUUUUUGAGUUUCAAUACUUUUGUGAAGAUUUUGUGAAUAUAUGAAAAAUAAAUGUUUAAUCUAA